ACAAAUAUUUCCUCUUUGAGAAAGUCUUUAAAGACUCCAGAGUUGUUUGAGAGAGAAAGUGACAGAAGGAGACAAAAGAAAGCGAGAGACAGAGUGCAGAGGGAAGAGCGCUGACUGAAUUCGUAGAGAAGAAAAUGAUCAGACUGGGGUAAAAGAAAAGCAAAGAGGAAAGGCAGUCUCUCCCUGCAACACUCCAGCUGUUUGUCAGCUCUUCUGUUGCUAUGGAUCAGUUCCUCCACCGCUCACACUGAAGGUCAAAGGAGAAGGAAAUGCACGGAGGAGACAAGCACAAGGAGGAAGAGACGCAAUAAUUGUUGGCUGAGGUGAGAAAAAGCAGUGUGUGGGAGUGCAAAGGCGAGGAAAGCAACGGCCGGCGUAGGAGUGGAUGACUGAAGUGCCCCACUCUUCCAUCGAAAGAGAGAGGGCAAGCAGGAGAGAAGGAGACAGGAGUGACAAGAACUGGGGGACGGAGGGAGAAGAGUCUUGCUGGACAUGGAGCUUUGUGCUUUUCUCCUCAUCUGUCUCUCCCAGGCUGAUCUGGGGACAGUCUGCGCUCACGCAGCUUUAUCAAGUGUGAGUGUACUGAGGACAGACAGGGAUCUGACCCCAGCGCACAGAACCCGCAGGGACCAGCAGAACCCACACAAACACAGAGAAGCCCGCGGCGCUGUGGCAGGAGUUACCACUCAAAUCCUUCCUGACAACACGACACUCGUAGUGGAGGACUCUCAGAAGUACUACAGAUGGCAGAGCUUUGGUCCGACAGACAGACGAACGGAUGACUUAUGGGUAGAUCUCAGCACCCUGCAGCAGGGUCAAGUCAGAAUCCACAGUAUUUUAUCCAACGCUCACCAGAAGGCAGUGAGAGUGGCACUUUCAUUUGAUUUCCUUUUUUAUGGACACCAAUUAAGGCAAAUUACCAUAGCAACUGGUGGGUUUAUCUUCAUGGGGGAAAUAACUCAUCGAAUGCUAACUGCCACGCAGUACAUUGCUCCCCUCAUGGCCAACUUUGACCCCAGUUUCUCUGAAAACUCAACCGUGCAGUACAUGGACAAUGGUCACAUAUUUGUAGCACAGUGGGACAAAGUGCGACUAAAAGGCCAAGAAGCUAAAGGACCAUUUACUUUCCAGGUCGCCCUCCACAGUAACGGAACGAUUGUUUUCAACUAUAAAGAUAUACCAUUACCAAUAGAGAGCAUUAAUUCCACAGAACAUCCAGUGAAAGUGGGGCUGUCUGACGCUUUCAUGACACUUCUCCCCUCCUCAGAUACAAAGCAGCAUACAAUCUACGAAUAUCAUCGCGUUGAGAUCAACGCCACAAAGAUUGUGAACAGAUCCGCUUUCGAGUUCACGCCUCUACCCACUUGUCUGCAACACACGUCCUGUGACCUAUGCCUAAUGGCUAACUGGACAACCAGCUGCGGCUGGUGCAACACACUUCAACGAUGCUCUGAUGGAAUUGACCGGCAUAGGCAAGAGUGGCUUGAUUAUAACUGCCCUGAAGAGGCAAAAGGUACAUGUGAGGACUACAAUCCAGGGGGAACUGAAGGGUCUACAAGCUCCUUUAACCACACCCCAACUGUCCCUAUGACUUCUUCGGCGGUAGCACUCGAACACCAGCCUGUCACUGAUGAUUUAGAGACGAACCCUCCAAACCAUCGGGGAAUAACAGAGAACACAGCCAUCAUAGCAGGUGUAGUAGCUGUCCUAGUUCUACUUGUCGUGCUGACCUUACUUGCUGUCUACUACAUCAACACGCACCCCACGGUUGCUCCACCAUUCUACCUCAUGCAGCGGCGCACCCCAAACUACUGGCCAUCUAUGAAGUUCCGCAACCAGGGCUGUCACAUGAGUUACGCCGAGGUUGAACUUGGAAGUCAUGAAAAAGAAGGUUUCAUAGAAGCUGAGCAGUGCUGCUAAGAAGCUUGAACUUCUACGACACAGUCAGAGGGAGAAAGGUCGCCAUCUGGAGGAAUAUACAGGCAUUGCAAGUAGAUGGACAUGAGCAAUCAGGCCAGUAGCCUUGGCUGGACAGUGUUUACUGCUUUUGCCAGCUUUCUGUAUGUCAAGGUUGCCAUAUUAUCCAAGUGAUGAAGAUUGGUAAGGUCUGACAGAGAAAAAUGUGUAACUGUAGAAAACUCACCCACGCAAAGGGACGUCAGGGAAUGAAAUAAACUAGCCUUCAUACUGCAAACCAAUGUAUAGCUCAGUUUAACUGUGUUUUUGUUCUGUUUAUGGAGUCAUUUUUAUUUUAUGAAGCCUCUACAUGAGUAAUGAUUGAUUUAUAAAAUGCUAUGUCUACAUGGACUUUACUUCAACAGGUAUACAGCUAUAUACUACGUGAAUAUAAUGUUCGUCUUGAACUGCUCUAAAGAAAUAUUGUUUGAAUGAAUUUUAGACACAAUAUUACAGGGUUUUCAUUGAAUCCUUCUGUUUGAAUGUCUUCUAAUAAAAACUGGUGGUGAGUUUUGA